CCGCACGGUGACCGGAGAACACGGAACUGUUUACACUGCGCUCCGUCUCUGCACAGAGGGCUAGACUCAAUCUGAGACGCCGACGACAUUAACACAUCGGUCUGACAAGGGUUUGCUUUACCGUUAAUGAUGUUCCGCUUGCGGGCAUUGUCCGCAGCUACUGUCGGACUGGUGCAGCUGUCCCGCCGCUACCAUAGCGGGGCAGUGCGAGGGUCUGGCAAACGGAGGCUGAUGCUGGCAGCCCUGGCUGGAGUCACUGGUGUGUCUGCCAGUGCAGGACUGCUCUGGAAAAGAGCAUAUGCAGAUGCAGGGCCUUCUGUUCAACACUCCGAGCAACAAGGAAGAGAAGAAGCAGAGUUUGUGAGGGAUGCCGACUCUGAGACAGAAUCAGAAAAAUCUGUAGAGGCCAGCAGUGGAGAUGAAGAAUCAAAGGAUGAAGGUGGUGAUGGAAAGAAGAAGAAGCCUCGUUCUGGAUUCCGUGACCGCAAGGUGAUGGAGUAUGAGAACAGGAUAAGAGCUUACUCAACUCCAGACAAGAUUUUCCGCUACUUCGCCACACUGAAGGUCAUUGGUGAGCAUGGAGAUGCUGAGGUUUACAUGACGCCUCAGGACUUCAUACGCUCCAUCACACCUAAUGAGAAACAGCCUGAGAACCUCGGCCUGGAUCAGUUUAUUGUGAAACGCUAUGACGGCAAGAAUGAAGAACGUUGCCUUUUACAUUUCGUGGAGAAAAUAGCGCAGGAGAGAGAGAAGUUUGCAGAUGAGGACAGCAUAUUUUACACACUGGGAGAAUGUGGCCUUAUCUCCUUCUCCGACUACAUCUUCCUCACCACUGUGCUGUCCACUCCCCAGAGAAACUUUGAGAUUGCUUUCAAGAUGUUUGACCUGAACGGCGAUGGAGAGGUGGACCUGGAGGAGUUUGAGCAGGUUCAGAGCAUUAUUCGGUCCCAGACAAGUAUGGGAAUGCGACAUCGUGAUCGCUCCACCACAGGAAACACCCUGAAAACUGCCGGCUGUAGCUCUGCUCUCACCACCUACUUCUUUGGAGAGGACCUUAAAGGGAAACUCACCAUUGGCGCCUUCCUGGAGUUUCAAAGGAAGCUGCAGCAUGAUGUGCUUAAGCUGGAGUUUGAGAGAAAUGAUCCUGUGGAUGGAAGAAUCGCUGAGCGACAGUUUGGGGGCAUGCUGCUCGCCUAUAGUGGCGUCCAGUCUCGUAAACUCAAGCUGAUGCAGAAGGGUUUGAAGAAGAUGUUUAAGGAUGCACAGGGCAUCACAUUUGAGGAGGUGGAGAAUUUCUUUACUUUCCUAAAGAAUGUGAAUGAUGUGGACACAGCCCUGAGUUUCUACCACAUGGCAGGAGCCUCCAUAGAUAAAGCGACAAUGAAGCAGGUGGCUCGCACCGUGGCCAAGGUGGAGCUGUCGGAUCAUGUGUGUGACGUGGUGUUCGCUCUGUUCGAUUGUGAUGGGAACGGAGAACUCAGUAAUAAGGAAUUCAUCGCCAUUAUGAAGCAGCGGCUGAUGCGUGGGCUGGAGAAACCAAAGGACAUGGGCUUCACUCGGCUGGUGCGCGCCAUGUGGAAAUGUGCCCAGGACACCGCCUGGGACUUCGCCACACCAAAGACAUAACAGAGACAGGUGGCAGCGUGUGAGCGUCAGACAGUAUGUGAGAAAAGCAACAUCACAAGUAGUAUCAAAAACAUUCUCCUUCAACAGAAUUUAAUUAGGCGAUUAAAGCAAAGAGCUCAUUAAGAUACAGCUCUGAAGGGCAUCACCACCCGCAUGUCGAUGUAGCUCAAACUAUCAAUCUAGUGACGAAAGCAUGCUGACGCAGCGCAGUGUGUUCUGAAAGGCUUUCCUAGCCUGCCUGCUUAAGGCAUCUGUUGUAUAUUUAAAUAAUAUACAAAGUUUACCAGUAUAUUUAUUUUUGCCAUCAUCUACAGGGAAUGGCAGUCUCAGCAGGUCACUGUGGGGCCUUUUGUCAAACGCUAAAUACAGCACUUUCAUAUGUUUAACACCAUUUACUGAAAAGGCAACACAUCAGGUGGAAUAUAUUUUCACCCUCAAAAGUAUAAACGCUGCUGCAUGUCUGUUAUACACUUUGGUAAUAGCAGUUUUUGGUUUUGUCUUUGAGACAGAGUAUAUAAUCUUAUUUCAUUCAAUCCAGUAUCUUUACCUGCAUCUUUACUCCUCUGAUUUUGGCCCAUAAAUAAUCAAUGAUGCCUGUCUUCCUCUGAAAUGUGUAUUCUGUUUAUAAAUGCUCAUUGAAACACUUUAUAUAAGAUGGAUGUAAAAAAAAAAAGAAAAAAAAAAAGAAGCUCUAUUAAAGAUGUUUUUCAUAAUGUAAA